GAGACCGGAGUAGUUGCAGGAAAAUUCACAACAACCGCUCUUUUCAGGGCCCACACCUUUCUUCCUCAUCUCUCCCCUCUCCUUUGCCUUUGGCACCUCCGUUCUCCUCUCAUUUUUCUCAACAGUCCUGCUGCAAAAAGCAAGCUUUCCCGUGAAACACAGAGCUAUAAUGGGAACAACAAACCCUCAUCUCCACCUUCCAUUUCCCUUCGCUGUCCCCUGCAAACAAAAACUCAUCUUGACCGCCAUUUACUUCUUAAUCAUACCCUUAUCUCUGCUAAACCUCUAUAUCUUCUUCCUUUCUCCUCAUCCCAACCACUUAAGUCCCCCUCUCCGCAACACAACCAUUCUAUCUCAAGAACCAGUUGCUCAGCCCAUCAGAAUAGCCACGGCUCAAGUACCCGCCGGCAGGCGAUGCGAUUUCGCCGACGGGCGCUGGGUUCCUGACCCUCGCCCUCCGCAGUACAACGAUACUUCUUGCAAAACGAUCAAGUCUGGUCAGAACUGUAUGGCCCACGGUCGGCCGGACACGGGCUAUCUGCACUGGAGAUGGAAGCCGACUGGCUGCCAACUCAUCCCCUUCUCCGCCGCCGUUUUCCUUGACCUUCUCGUUAACAAACAUCUGGCUUUUGUUGGCGACUCUCUUGCUCGCAACCAACUGGAAUCCCUCCUCUGCCUUCUGUCCACCGCCAACGGCCCACCGGACCUCGUAUACAACCGCGGGGAUGAGAAUAAGUUCCGGCGGUGGUUUUUCCGAUCUCAUAACACAACCCUCUCUGUAUACUGGUCACCGUUUCUAGUGAAGGGGAUAGAGAAGUCGGCGGCGGAGGGAAGGACGCACAAUCAACUGUUUCUGGAUUCAGCCGACGAGCAAUGGGCGGCGGAGCUGGAAGGAAUUGAUAUAGUGGUUUUAUCAGCGGGGCAUUGGUUUCUUAUCCCCGGAAUCUUUUAUGACCGAGGCGGCGAAGUGUUCGGGUGUCACCAUUGUAAGGAUUUGGUUAACAUGACGGAGACGGGUUUCUUCGACGCGUUUCGGAGGUCGGUGAGAACGGCUGUGAGGACGACUGUGGGGAGAAUGGGGAAGGGGAAGGAGAAGAUGGCUGUGGUGACGACUUUUACUCCGGCGCAUUUUGAAGGGGAGUGGGACAAGGCAGGAGCAUGUGCGAGGAAGGAGCCGUUUCGGGAAGGGGAGAAGGAGAUGGAGUAUAUGGACAAGGAAAUGAGGAAUAUUGAGCUCGAGGAGGCUGCGGCGGCGGCGGUAAAGGUGGAAGUUUUGGAUGUGACGAGAAUGGCGAUGAUGAGGCCUGACGGGCAUCCUGGGCCUUACAUGAACCCGAACCCAUUUGAAGGUGGGGUUAAGGAAAGGGUACAGAAUGAUUGCCUUCAUUGGUGCUUGCCGGGACCUAUUGAUACGUGGAAUGAGAUACUGUUGGAGAUGGUGAGAAGAUGGAGGGAGGAAGUCUCAUAGAUUGAAUUUUUUUUUUUUUUUUUAUGAUACAAAUGCUUUAUAUGAUCUUUAUCUCAUGUAUUCAAUUAAUCAAUUGUAGAUUAAAUCU